AGUCCACAGGCGCAGGAGCCAGAUCAGUGAGCUCUGCGCCGACUGCGCCUUGGAGAAAACCAGCGGGAACCCAGACCCCCCACGAGCCCCUCGUCCUCGCCCAGCCUGGCCCGGCCCCGCGCUAUGGAGUUCCUCUGGGCCCCCCUCUUGGGUCUCUGCUACAGUCUGGCUGCUGCCGACCGCCACACCGUCUUCUGGAACAGUUCAAACCCCAAGUUCCAGAAUGAGGACUACACGGUACAUGUGCAGCUAAAUGACUACCUGGACAUCAUCUGUCCCCAUUACGAGGAUGACUCUGUGGCAACCGCUGCCAUGGAGCAGUAUACACUGUAUCUGGUAGAGCUAGAGGAGUACCAGCUGUGCCAACCGAAAUCCAAGAGCCAGGUCCGCUGGCAGUGCAACCAUCCCAGUGCCAGGCAUGGCCCAGAGAAGCUCUCUGAGAAGUUCCUGCGCUUCACGCCCUUUUCCCUGGGCAAGGAAUUCAAAGAGGGACACAGCUACUACUACAUCUCCAAAUCCAUCCACCACCAAGACGACCAGUGCUUGAGGCUGAAAGUGACCAUCGAUGGCAAAAUCACUCACAGCCCUCAGGCCCAUGCCAAUCCACAGGAGAAGAGACUUCCAGCAGAUGACCCAGAAGUGCAGGUUCUACAUAGCAUCGGACACAGUGCUGCCCCCCGCCUCUUCCCACUUGCCUGGGCUGUGCUGCUCCUGCCAUUUCUGCUGCUGCAAACCCCGUGACGUUGUAUGCCACAUCUGGCCUAAGGAUUGAAACUGGGCUGAGGAGGCAGAAGCAGGCCCCCCUCACCUGUCCUGGGGUCCCUCCCAAAGCCCCAGUCCUGGGAACCAUCCCACCACACGUACAAGCUGCCACUCAGCAGCCUCAAAACGAGUCAGUAUUAAGGGUUUCAACCCAAAGGAGGUCGGCAAGCCUAGUAGUGCCAUCCCUGCCUCCACCUCAGAGGGAUGGACAAAGAAGCGGGGACAGUCCUUUCCCUGCCAUUCCUACCCUUAAGCCAAAAAAACAAGCUGUGCAGACAUGGACUCUUAAGAAGGACGCUGUGGGAGCUGAGCUGGAAGCGGUCUGGGGUCAUGUGGGUGGACACUGAGCUUGGCAAAGAUGCCCUUCCUACAGAGAGCCAGGAUGUCAGGAUGAACUGAUUGAAGGAAAAGCAGGAGACAGUGUCCUGCCUGGGAGCCAGGGACAGGAGAGGUGGUAUGCUUGCGCUGACCCAACAUCUCCCGUCAUGGGAAGGUUUGCAGGCAGUCACCGCACCCUCCUACCUGGGGCAGCACCCCCCAGAGCUGUGCCAACAGGGGGGCUGUGCCAACCUGUUCUUAGAGUGUAGCUGUUAGGGCAGGGCCCAUAUGUACAGGAUUUGUAUAUAAAUUUGUGGUGUCUCUGUUGUUUUCUAUAACUGGCUUUUUUUAUACAAUGUUGUGUCUGAAAAUAAAGCUGUUUAGUUUUUUGUACA